AUGGCUGAGAUAAAGGCGCCGUCGAUGCGCGUGCCUGGCUCGUUCACCCAGACCGACAAUGAUUGCUCCUUUCGUUGCGCCCCAUUCAACUCGUCAUUGUUUCUGCCGCCUACCAAAGAAUGUCCUCCAUCCACCUCACCCUUCACACGACAUCCGCGUCCGCAAGCAACCCCAAAUUCAGGUGGUUUGCUAACACAAACCCGCAAGCGAGCAAGAGUCGAUCACAGAGACGAUGACGCCCAAACACCUUCAAACAACCUUUUCGGCAUCAGCAGAAACAAUUUCUUUGACGAGCCUAGUCCUGCACCAUUCGUCAGCACAGAUUACCGCUUCGCAGGUGGCGUCGCAACCCCAGCCGAUCUGAACGCUCAGAGAGCUGCCUAUGAGCGCGAGUGUGAAUAUGAGAAUGAAUACAGACCAAAUCGGUAUGGCUCUCAGCAACCACCUUCACAUCACCCCACUGGUUCAUACUUUCCACAAACGCCCUCUAUCCCACAAACCGGAGACAACCUGUCACAAUCAGAUAGGAAUGGCUGGAGAAAGUCUGUUUGGGCACUCACCGGAACUGUAGCUGGCAAGGUCUUCAACUUCUGCUGGCAAGGCGCUACGUCCUUCAAAGGUUUUUAUGCCGGUGGUGGUAAUGGAUACAAUUUUGAUGUUGGUACACCCGCUGUGACAUCUAAGGAAUGGACGGAGGUCAAUCCUCAAGAAGAUGUUUUCCACCAUGAUUAUGAUGUGCCAAGACGUCGCCGAGAGAGAGAUUCAACACCCGUGCCUGGCGAGUUUCCAUCUGAACAGCCGGAGUUCGUCGAAGAUUACACGUCGCAGCCUUGGAAAUACAGCAACAACAAUGAUGACACCCCAACAGCUCGUCCAGGUAUUCCACCAGCACGAAAUAGCUGGGUUGUAGUGAAUGGUCCAUCAACAGAGUCAAGAGACACAAGCCCUGUACGUAAGAAGUCACGGGCAAGUGUGGCACCUUUAUCAGCUUCCGCACGAUCCUCUCCUCGAAAUUUAAACAGCAAUAGCUCUCUCAUAGCUCGCCCUCGUCUUUCCUCAAGAUCAUCAGGAAACAAAUCCUCAGCGUCGGUUGCUUCCCCUCGUGCAUCUUUGGCUACUGGUGAAAAUGGUCAUGGUCACACAAAGUCACGCGCGCCUCUAUCAACAUCAGCUAGCCUGGUCGAUGGUACGACAAGACGGCAAAGUAAUAGAGCAUCUUUGGCAUCACCCCGUCGGCAAUCUUCUAAUUCAGUAUCUGUACCCGUGGUAGGCGCUCAACCGUCACCUGAAGUUCGCAAAUUUGAACAAAAGAUGCGCCGCAAGGAAGCCAAGGAAGAUGAAAGUAUGAGACGUCUUAACGAACGGUUAAAAGCAAUGAUCACAGAAGGAAAGCAGGCCUUGGGAAGUAAAAUUGAGAUUGUGGACGACGGUGGUGUGGAUGAAGAGAUCGAUUAUGAUGAAGGCUUCGUGGACGGAGAGGAAGCAUGGGAGAGGGAAUAUGUUCGACCAAUGGUCUGGUCUUGA